AUGGCUCAAGUUCUGUCACCUUCACCGCCACCAAGUGGCACGCGACAAAUUGCAGAUUUUGUGAAACGGCCAAGUUUCGGUCGUCUAGGCAGACCAACGCGCGUCAGGGCAAACUUUUACCCGGUGGAAAUGCUGCCAUCUUCGAAUAUCCACCAUUAUGAUGUCUCUAUCACGCCUGAUGUACCGAGGCUAAACCGACAAGUUUACGAGACUUUUGUUCGUGUUCAUGGUGCAGUGGCGCUUGGAGGCAAUAAACCUGUUUAUGACGGUCGAAAGAAUUUAUUUGCGGCAAAGAAAUUGCCUUUGCAAGACGCAUCCACCUAUACUGUAACUUUACCCGAGGAAGGCGGCGGUCCCCAACGAGCAAGACGUCCCCCUAACGACUUUAAAAUUACGAUCAGAAAAACAAAUCAGAUCUUAAUGCAAGAACUACAAGAUUUUUUGCAUGGCCGCAGUCGACAAACGCCUGCUUGCUUGACUGCUAUUAUGGCAUUGGAUAUUCUAAUCAGACACAAACCUUCUAUGUCUUAUACUACUGUCGGUCGCUCGUUUUAUACAUCGGACGGUUCCCAGCUCUUGUAUGGCGGAGUCGAAGUAUGGCAAGGGUAUUAUCAAUCUGCUCGACCAACCGCUGGAAAAAUGAUGAUAAACGUCGACGUGAGCGCCACUGCUUUCUAUGAAGGCGGUCCACUGGUUCCAAUUGUUGUUAAGAUAUUGGGAGGGAGAUCUCCCGACGAUCUUCGAAGAGGAAUCGAUGAGCGCGAUAGAGUCAAGCUUGAAAAAUUCCUAAAGAAUUUGAAAAUUAGAGUUCAUCAUCGUGGUGACGCGGUCGCUCAUCGUCGAUUCCGAAUCAGUAAAUUGACUGAGAGAUCCGCAGGCCAAACUGUAUUUCAAAUCGAUAACGAACCUGUGGAUGUGGGAACUUAUUUUCAAAGAACUUACAACGUUCGUCUUACGUAUCCAUUUUUGCCGUGUGUAGUAGUCAGACGAGAUACAUUUUUACCAAUGGAAGUUUGUAGUGUUAUUGAGGGGCAGCGAUAUUUAAGGAAACUUAAUGAUAAACAAACGGCAGAUAUGAUCAAGUCUACUUGUCAACCGCCUCAUGUCAGAGCAAACAAAAUUAAUACCGGUUUGCAGAUUUUGAACUAUCGCGAAAACGAAUACUUGAAGGAAUUUGGAAUGAGGAUCGGGGCUGAAAUGGUUCAGCCACCAGCCAGAAUCCUCCCAGUUCCUACCGUAAACUACCAUCCCUCUUCUCGCAAUCCCUCUUUUCAACCACAAGAUGGUGCUUGGAAUCUUCGCGAUAAAAAAGUGGCCACUGGAACUACUCUUGGGUCAUGGGCUGUCAUUGUAUUUGGAUCAGAACGGGAAUAUCCUCUUCAGUCGGUCAAACAUUUUGUGCGGGAACUUGUCAUUACAUGUGUUGAUACUGGGAUGAAUAUUCCCAACAGAGAACCACCAAUCUCGUAUGCUAAUCCCCAAGGCGAUAUCACCCAAAUUUUGAAUCUAGCCUGGUUAAACGCGGGAAACACAGCCAAGGCUCAACCUCAAUUGCUUUUGUGCAUCCUUCCAAAUAUCGGAGUACCGCUCUACGCCAAGAUUAAACGCGUCGGAGAUACAUCGAUUGGUGUCGCUACUCAGUGCUGCCAAAGUAAACAUAUGCUCGUGGCCAAAAAACAGUAUUGCGCCAACAUUUGCAUCAAGAUUAAUGUUAAAUUGGGAGGAAUGAAUUCGUUCUUAUCACCUGGCAACAUUGAAUUCGUCGCCGAGAAGCCGACGAUUAUUAUGGGUGCUGACGUGUCACAUCCUGGUCCAGGUGAGAAAAAGGCUUCAAUCACUUCUGUUUGUGGCUCUAUGGACUCCAAAGCUUCACGAUAUUCCGCAACUACACGCAUGCAAGACGCUCGCACCGAAAUCAUCGCAGAUCUCAGUAGUAUGGUCAAAGACCUAUUGAGGAUUUUCUACCAGACUUGCGGAAGAAAACCAGAACGAAUUCUUUUCUAUCGCGAUGGCGUCUCAGAAGGACAAUUUAGAGCGGUUUUGGAAAAUGAACUGAAAGGAAUUAAAGACGCAUGUGGGUCUCUAGAAGAAUCCUACAAUCCACAAAUAACUUUCGUGGUGGUUCAAAAAAGACAUCACACACGAUUCUUCCCGUUAACGAAAAACGAUACAGAUCGCACCGGAAAUUGUCAUAAUGGAACCGUGGUCGACGCGAUGAUCACACAUCCUAAUGAAUAUGAUUUUUGCAAGUAUCAAUUUUUUGCCAAAGACCUUCAAAGUCAGGCUGGAUUACAAGGAACUUGUCGUCCUUGCCAUUAUCAUGUAUUAUAUGAUGAGAAUGGAUUGGAUCCAGACCAUUUGCAGUCACUUUCUUAUAAUUUAUGUUAUGUCUACGCACGAUGCACCAGAUCGGUGUCAAUGGUACCGCCUGUUUACUACGCACACUUAGCCUGCAUGCGAACACGCUUCCAUUUGCAUGAAGCUAAUGACUCCUCCGAAACUUCUUCCGCAACUGAAACCGAAGAAGGAGGCCAAAGUAUGUUUGUCGCAGUAAGACCCGAGCUUCAAAGGGUCAUGUAUUUCAUGUAA